AUGAGCUAUCAUCAUCAGAAUGAAGAGAGUAAUCCAAUAAACCCGAAAUCUUUAGAUUAUUUAAUAAACUAUAAAGACUACCAGUUUUAUUUAAAAUUAUCUAAACAGUUUGCUUUGUUGGACGAUAAAGAGAGCUGCUAUUUGAGUUAUCAGGAAUACAAGAGGGACUACUUAUCUAGACAGUACUUUACUCUCUUCUUGCAACAAAAAUCUAAACCCUGGUUUCAGGAAAAGUAUUACGAUUCUUUCAAGGAAUUGAGGAACAAACUGAGAAUAAAAGGCUGGAAUAACAAUCCAAAUACCUUCAUCACUAACCUAAACGAUGGUCAUUACGAUUCUAUUUCCUACGAUAAACCUCCAGACUCACGUAAAAAGUUACCACAGGAGAAGUAUCUCACUUUGCCAUACACACUAGAUCCACCAGAGAAUCCGCAAAUUUUUAUCAAAUCCAUCCCUCCAGAUCUCUCAAGGGAGAAGCUCGAAGACUUUCUAAACACUAUCCCAGGUUUCGACUACUUGGCUAUAUCUGAUCCACAGCCCGCUAAACGUUUCCAUAGAACUGGUUGGAUUAACUUUAACAAGUCUGUAGACGUCAAUGAACUCCUCGAAACCACCCUCAAGAAUCCUAAAAUUGAUGAUUUCACUCUCUUCCUCACUAAAACUGAUCAACCGAUUACAACAAAGGCGAGAGUUGCACCUGGCAUUACGAACAGUCCGGACAGAUUGAGGCAGGAUCUAUCAAAUAUUAGAAAACUUACAACCCACUUGGAAUCUAUUUAUAAUAACUUAAACACACAAUCAAAUGAUCCUAUAUCGAUAUCUGAUCACAUAAAUAACCGUAUAAAGCAUCUGAACAUCGUAGAUGACAUACAGCGUAUAAAGAAAGAACUGGACUUCUACAUACUUUACCUACGACAAGCUUUCAAUAGUUGUUACUAUUCCGCAUCUAUAAACGACUUUAAAGAAGAAUUACAAAGGAAAUCAUCCAUGUUUUAUAGGGAGACUGACAAUGACUACGCUGAUCAAAGUGAUGAUAGAAUUUCACCGCAGGAUAAUUGGAUAAAGAAUCUAGAUGAGAAAAUUUCAAUAAUAAUCGACCAAAAUCUAGAUUAUACAAAAAUUGGUGGUAUUGAUUAUGAUAAAGAAGUCUCACUCGUCGCUAACAAAUUAGUUAAGAAAGAAGAUGAGAAUAAAUUUAGAUGCUUAGAAUGUACGAAGUUGUUUAGAGCAUUGGAGUUUAUAGAAAAGCAUAUUUUGAACAAACAUGACCAAUUAGUUUCAAGUGAUAAUUUAAUAGAUUUACAAGCUUUUAAUAACUUUUUAGCUGAUCCACAUAAGAUUUUACCACCAACAGAUUUACCUGCAUCUAUGAAUCGUCGUAUACCAGCAAAACAAUAUCAACAGUCAAUACAAUCAACUAGUCAAUUUACUAGUAAUAAACGUUCAUAUGAUGAUCACCAUAAUUCUCAGAAUAAGAGGUAUAAAUCUGCGGGUAUACCAGCAUGGACUCAGAGUGUACCACAACAUACUUUACCACCAAGUUAUAGAGAAGCACCAUUAAAUAAUUAUAAAUCACAACCCUCACAAGCGAGCAACUUACCUAAACCACCACCACCACCAGGUGCAAAACUUGAUCCACGUGCACAAUCUAAUAACACUUAUGAAGAUUUAGAUACCGUUGCAGGUGGGGAUGACGUUGAAUUGCAAUACUAA